AUGAAAAAAACAGCUCAAAAAUCUCUACCAGAGAACAGCUUUCUGCCUACAAAAAAACUAUUAAAGAACAACUCCAAACACAGUUUCUUAGUAGAAAACUACUCUAAACCAGCUUCAAAAUACCAAAGAGAACUACCAGAAAUAAGCUCUAAAAUGUCUAAGAACUUAUUAAAAAGCAAUCUUAAAAUGUUCAAAGAAAACUGCCAGAAAACAACUCCAAGAUGUCAAAGAGAACUACUAGAGAACAAUAUUUUAAAAAGAGUUUUUUGA